AUGUCGUCAGCAACAUGCACAGUUUUUCUCUUCGCCACUGCAGUAAUAAUAAACCCUUUUCCAGACAUAUACGCUUCAAAAAUUUACUCCUUAGACGUUCCACAAGUAGUGCGUAAUGGUACUGGACCGAUCGAUCUAUCUUGCAUUUACAAUGUUAAAGAAGAGGAGAACGGCCUUGUGAUAAAAUGGUACCACAAUAUGGACCAAAUCUAUCAAUGGAUACCACCAAUGCCGCCACAAGAUACAGGAGUUAUAAACGGAUUUGCAGAGUACCCUGAACAAAAUUUGAUGCAUUCUUAUUCACGAUCGAUAAUACAGUUGAGAAUGGUCACGAUCGAAAUGAGUGGCGAAUAUACUUGCACGAUCAGCACAUUCCAAGAAGAAGAUUGGAUGACGACAGAAAUGCUUGUUUAUAUGCCAGAAAUAACCGCGACAAUUCAUGUAAAUUCUUUCAACGAAAGUCAUUUGAAUCUAACCUGUGUAGCAAACGGAGCACAACCGCGGCCAAUGUUAAAAAUCUAUAUAGAAGGAAUCGAAGUGGAUAAUUACUAUGAUGCAACUGUGAAGCCAAUAGGACACGAAAAAAUCAAUUCGGUGAAACGGAGUGCGAUAACGAGCAACACUUUGGAACCAAUGCUAUUGGAGUGUGAGAUUUCUGUACCACACACAGAUUACAAACGCAGAGAAAGGAUCGUUUUUUAUCCCACUCAGAUGUUGUCACAGACGAGUAGCAGUGCAUCGAAGUAUCAAAUUAGUAUCAUCCUUUACAUAUUAUCAGUAAUGAAAUAA